AUGUUACGAGUCGGGUCCUGGUUGUACGGCAAGAAGCCGGCACAGUCUGUGGACUCGCAGGUUGAGUUGAAAGACUUGCAUGAUGCGAUGACAGCGGCGACGCUGAUUCUCAACGAUGAUGUUGAUGGGGCCGAGAAUGGUCUUUCCACGGGCAAUUCGUCUUUCCACAACCUGGGUAAAGGCGUGGUCGCAUUCGUCCGGGCAACAUUAGGCUUCGAGCAGGAGAUUAUGCGACAAGCAUCCGAACGUCUUUAUGAAGCAGAAACCAGCGCGGCCAGCGACCAAACGCGGUCCCAGCAAAACGCCCAAGCGCCCAAUGCCUUCCAUUCCGAUAUCUAUGCUGCCGGUACCGAAUAUGUCUUGUGUCAAGCAAUCGCACAAUUGAUGAAUGCGGUUGUUGGGGUGUUGAAUGAGAGCCUGACUGAAAGUAUCAAAGCAUUCUAUCGGCUGAGAAAGGCGUAUAUCGCACUGGACGCUAUCAUGAAGAUGGAAGAGAAGUUUAUGGAGCAGAGAGAUAUUCACAAAGGCACACUGCCCACUACGAGUGACCUGUCAAGCUCGGAAUCGUCCAGUCUGUCUUCUAAAAAAGGCACAAAAGGGGCUACCGUCGAGCAAACCGAGCUCAGUUCAUCAAUGAAUGGACUGGCGAUCUCGUCCCGAGGGGUGUCACCAGAUGCCUCAACCGGCACUUCCACACCCGCGAAGCAUAUCCACCACGACCCUGACUCGGACAUAUUCAAAAACGAAAUCGAUGUCUUUGUGCACUCUGGUGCCAAUUUCUGUUUUGGUAUCCUUCUUCUACUGAUCUCUAUGGUUCCACCGGCAUUUAGCAAGCUUCUUUCCAUUAUCGGCUUCCACGGCGACAAGCAACGUGGGCUGAAAAUGCUCUGGCAAGCCAGCAAGUUCCACAACCUCAUCGGUGCCAUGGCUGCUCUUGCACUGCUAGGAUAUUACAAUGGCUUUGUCCGCUACUGCGAUAUUAUGCCCGACCCAACUCCUGGCGAAGCCGACGUCGAGGGAUACCCACAGGAGAGGCUGGCUGCGUUGCUGGCGGAGAUGCGGUCCCGGUUCCCCAACAGUCAGCUUUGGCUGCUUGAAGAAUCACGGAUGUUAGGUGCGAAUAAGGACCUGGACAGCGCUCUGGAUCUGUUGUCCACGGGCAAAAAGAGCCCGCUCAAGCAAGUUGAGGGGUUGUGCGUGUUCGAAAAGAGCCUGAACGCACUGUUUCUCCACAGAUAUGACGCCUGCGCUGAAGCAUUCCUCGAGUGCGUGGACCUUAAUUCGUGGUCUCGUUCGUUGUAUUACUACAUCGCCGGAGCGUGCCACGUUGUCCAGUACCGGCAAUCACUCAACGAUCCAAAGCUUGCGGAGGAGCAUGCUAAGAAAGCCACACUGUACAUGCGGAAGGCCCCCGAAUUCGCCGGGAAAAAGAAAUUCAUGGCCCGACAGCUGCCGUUCGAUAUCUUUGUGACUCGGAAACUUGCCAAAUGGGAAGCGCGCGCUAAGGAAUGGAACGUAUCUCUGGUAGAUGCGAUUGGAGUGGACCCCGUCGAAGAAAUGAUCUUCUUCUGGAACGGACACAGUCGCAUGACCAACGAGCAGCUGCAAGAGUCCCUGACCCGGCUGGAAUGGUGCGAAAGCGAAAACAACAAGACCUGGUCUCGCGAGGGAACGGAAGAAAAGGCCAUCCUGGAGCUUCUCCGGGCUGCCGUUUUACGAUCCCUGUACCGACACGAUGAGGCGAAAAAGAUCCUGCAGACCCGCGUCUUGAACCACGACAAGUCUGUAUUCAAGGGCCACCUGAAGGAUGACUGGGUCCACCCAGCGGCACAUUUUGAGAUGGCAGCCAACUUCUGGAUGGAGCGUCCCGCAUACCAGGCCCUGCAUGGGAUUGCUUCCCCCAAGGUGUCGGAUGAAGCAUCCGCGGGAUCUGGGGAGACGAACACGGAGAGCGAGAGAAAGCAGGUAUCCGAGUGCAAGGAAUACCUCGAUCAUGCUGCUCGCUGGGAGAGUUACGAGCUGGACGCUCGUAUUGGACUCAAGGUUACUGCGGCGAUGGAAGCCGUUCACAAGUGGGAGAGCAUGCACCCGACAGUCUAA